AUGGAAAAGUGUAACAGCUUUUUAUUGUUUAUAUCCCUUUGUGCGUUGUUAUGGGGUGUGGCCGGCCAAUAUGAAUGGCAAAUUUGGGAUGCUUUCGACGAAAUUCGUGGAAGAAUGGAUAAAGUUAACCCUGAUAAUUGUUAUAUUACUCACUUAGACGACCUUUUCUUACCCGAAGACUCAGUAUCUCACCAUCCUGAUGUCAAAGAAAUAAACAUAAACCCGGUAUUUCCAAAUCGCACAGCAUUGUUACAUUUACAUAAUAUGGCUAUGAAUAGAGCAUUUUUCUGGAGUUACAUCCUACAAUCAAGGUUUAUCAGACCUGCUAUUAACGACACCUACGAUCCGGGUAUGAUGUACUAUUUUCUUUCAUCAGCUGCAGAUGUAUCCUCUAAUCCUUAUAUAAACGCCAGUUCAAUUUAUUUCUCACCGAACAUGUCUUACACGUCUUCAUAUAGAGGAUUCUUCAAUAAAACCAUGCCACGGUUUGCACCAAGAGCUUUCCGAGCUGAUGAUUUUAAUGACCCUGUCCAUCUACAGAAGAUAUCAACAAUGAAUACUCUUUAUGUGGAAGAUUUAGGUGCUUUUGAUUCUGGUAGUCUGUCCAAAGAUUAUACUUCUGAUUUCUACCGCAUCAAUGAAUGGUAUAAUAAGUGGUUGCCUGACAGAGUUGACAAAAGACAUGAUACCAAAACAACAUAUCAAGUUGAGAUAAGAUAUUCAAACAACACAAAUGAGACAUUUACAUUCCAUGGGCCACCUGGUAAUGAUGAAGUACCAGGACCAGUGAAUUGGACAAGACCAUAUUUUGACUGUGGAAGAUUGAAUAAAUGGUUAGUAGCUGCUGUGUCACCAGUAGCUGAUAUUUACCCUCGCCAUACACAAUUCAGACACAUAGAGUAUCCUACAUACACAGCAGCAGUGGUAAUGGAGCUAGACUAUGAUAGAAUAGAUAUAAAUCAGUGUCCACCGAGUCAGGGGAAUGAUAAACCUAACAGGUUUGUUUCAACGGCUCGAUGUAAAGAGGAAACUACUGAGUGUGAACCAUUACACGGCUGGGGAUUCCGUCGUGGUGGCUACCAGUGUAGGUGCAGACCAAACUAUAGACUGCCUGGCAUAGUAAGAAGACCAUACCUUGGGGAGAUUAUUGAGCGAGCCACAUCUGACCAGUACUAUAAUAACUUUGACUGCUUACCUAUUGGAUGGAUUCAAAGACUACCUGUAGAGUGGAAAAAAGCUCAUCCAUUCCUAAGAGCAUUGUAUGCAGACCGUUAUUAUGAAUAUGUUAAUGCUACCAAUGGACCUGCUGCUUUGCAUACAGAAAGGAUGAAUGUAUAUGAAGCAUUAAAUUAUAUUAGGGGUGUGCAGCCGCACAAUUGUUCCAAAUACAACCCAUCUGAUUUAUUCCUCAAUGGAGACAUAGCAUAUGGGGCGGAAGAGCAAUUUGAAAACCAAGCAAAAAUGGCAGUGAGACUUGCAAACUUCAUCAGUGCUUUCUUGCAGAUAUCAGACCCUAACGAAGUUUUCAGCGGUACUCGAGUUGCUGAUAAGCCAUUGACCGAAGAUCAAAUGAUUGGAGAGACUCUAGCUGUUGUAUUGGGCGACUCUAAGAUUUGGUCUGCAGGUACAUACUGGGAUCGGAAUAAAUUCACAAAUCGCACGAUGUUCGCACCAUUCGCAUACAAGACUGAAUUGAACACGCGCAAGUACAAAGUUGAAGAUCUCGCUCGCCUCAAUAAGACUGAGGAAGUUUACACAAACAAGCACUGGUUCCAGUUUCUUAAGCAAAGCUGGUCCACCAAUUUCGAUGGUCUUGAGAAGUUUUUCCUUAAAAUGAAAAUUCGUGAUGAUAGGGACGGCAACUACUUGAAGCAAUAUGAAAGAUACCCGACAUUCUACCGAGCUGCUAACUUAAAACACGGCCAUUGGACUCAGCCGUACUAUGAUUGUACUGGCCCUCUUAAACAGUGGGUCAUUACAUAUGGAGCGCCAUUCUUUGGCUGGGAUAGUGUUAAAGUCAAGCUAGAGUUCAAGGGUGUGGUAGCGGUGACGAUGCCUCUCAUGUCGUUAGAUAUUAACCAGUGUCCGGAUAAAUCUUAUACACCCAAUGCAUUUAAGGGCACAGACAAAUGUGACAGGUCGUCUUCAUAUUGUGUACCCAUCCAAGGUCGCGGUUUCGAAGCUGGCGGGUACAAAUGCGAGUGCCUUCAAGGAUACGAGUAUCCGUUUGAAGAUUUAAUCACAUACUACGAUGGUCAGAUUGUUGAAGCGGAGUUUCAAAAUAUAAUUCAAGAUAAAUUGACUCGUAUAGAUAUGUUUAAGUGUAGACUGGCCGGGGCAAGUGCAGCUCAAAGCAGUUUUAUUAUUGUACUAAGUGUAUUAUUUUUACUAAUUAAGGUAAGGUAA